UGUACAUGUGGAGCGGGCAGCCGGCGCUUUAAGCGUCCGGACCUCUGGGGACGAUGGCGGGGCUUCUGUCGCUGAUGCUCGGCGGGCUUCUGGAGCUCAGCAUGAGCGUCUUAGCGAACGGAGAAGGUUAUCCCAUCUUCACUGAUGAAAUUCCUUUUAAAAUCACUUGGCCUGGGGCCGAUUUUAAAAUGCCCACUUCCGGUGCACUGUACAAGGAAGACAACUUUGUCAUCAUGACCACGCUGGAGAAGGAGAAAUACAAGUGCCUUCUGCCUUCACUCACAGCGGGGGACGAGGAUGAUGUGAAGGAAUACCGCGGCCCCAGUCCAGCUGACCUGCUGGAGCCUUUGUUUAAGCGAAACAGCUGCUCGUACAGAAUUGAAUCCUACUGGACUUAUGAAGUAUGUCAUGGGAAGCAUGUAAGACAGUAUCAUGAAGAGAAGGAGACGGGUCAGAAAAUAAGUGUUCAGGAGUACUUCCUGGGGAAUUUAGCUGAGAAGAAACAAAGUACAGAAGCAGCUAAACCUGAAGAGCCAGAACCUGCUGAAUCGGCAGCGCCUGAAACAGAAGUGCCAUCUAAGAACAUAGAAGGUCAACUGACUCCAUACUACUCCCUGGAGAUGGGUUACGGAACACCUUGCGUGUUGAAGGAGAACCAGCCGCGCGCCACCUCUGUGCUAUACGUGUGUCACCCGGAGGCCAAGCAUGAGAUCCUGUCAAUCGCAGAGGUCACCACUUGCGAAUACGAGGUGGUGGUGCUGACCCCCUUGCUCUGCGCGCACCCAAAAUACAGGUUCAAGUCGUCCCCGGUUAACGCCAUCUUCUGCCAAGCGUUGGCUGGUUCGCCACUGCGGCCUCAGCGGCUCGCCCAGCUGGAUAAGGAGCGAGAGGAGCAGCUCAAGCCUCCUUUCAUGGCCACCACAGAGCCCACAGAGGAGGAGACUUCACCAGUGAAAGAAGAGGCCUUCACUUCCACUCACAAACCGAUCGCUGUUGGCGGACAAGCUCAGGUGGCCGUGGGCACCACUCACAUCUCACGUCUGACAGACAAUCAGCUCAUCAAGGAGUUCCUCAGUGGCUCUUACUGUUUACACGGGGGGGUUGGAUGGUGGAAGUACGAGUUUUGUUAUGGAAAGCACGUCCAUCAGUACCAUGAGGAAAAGGAGCAAGGCAAGAACAUUGUAGUUGUCGGGAACUGGAAUGCAGACGAACACAUGGAGUGGGCAAAGAAGAACGUGGCUCGAUCCUACCAGCUCAAAGACAGUGGACUGCAGAAAGUCAAGUUGGUCUCUCACUUCUAUGGCCAUGGGGACCUGUGCGAUAUGACAGGGAAGCCCAGACAAGUCAUUGUGAAAUUAAAAUGCAAAGAGUCCGAGUCUCCUCAUGCGGUCACCGUCUACAUGCUGGAACCUCAAACCUGCCAGUAUAUCCUUGGGGUUGAGUCUUCAGUCAUAUGCAGGAUUCUUGACUCGGCAGACGAACAAGGACUCCUGUCCCUCUCCAGCUGAACUCCAAAGGUCAUGUGAGGACAAAAAGAGAAUCCUGUGUGGUAGGUCUCAAAAAAAAAAAAAAAAAAAAAAAAAAAAAGACAGAUGCCUGUGAUGCUGCACAUGAUGAUGGUUAACAAAGGUUCAAACUGUGGUGGUCCUGUUAACUGGGCUGGACUGGAUGUCGAGGAAACAGAAAGACUCUCCCAGCUUCCUGAAACUGUGCAAUGGUUCACGCCGCGUCGUAGCUGAAGUAAAUCACUAACAGAGAUUUAUUUUAUAUUUAGGCUUUAAAAUAUGUUGAUUUCUAAUGAGCAGGAUGAUUAUCAAAUUCACAGUAUUUACUGUGGGUUUCUUUGUGUGCUGGGCCGCCCCUCCCUAAACGCUGGUCAUGCGGUGUGUUUUGGCCCUACGAUUAGUGGUGGGCUUCAUUUUAUGUCAAGAAGCAAAUGUAAAAUGUCAACUUAUGAAGUACAGAGCGCAAACAUGUUCCGUCACUGAUUAGAUCACAAUGAUAUAAUUCCCCCUGAGGCGGGGGCAGUUAGUGCUCAUCUCAAAUAUACGAUGGGACUGGGACCGAAUCCCGGUCAAAGUAGAGUUAAGAAGAAUUUAAAAUGUAUGUUUUAAAGGGGAACUGCAUUUUUUUUUUAAAUUGUGCCUAUCGUUCACAAUGGAUGUUUUUUUUUGUUUUUUUUAAGUAAAUGCGAUCAAAAGUUCGCUUGUAGCGGAGCCAAUGGGAGCUCUACUGUUGCGCCCAUAAAAUCCAAUAAAUAACCAAAAAGCUUCCACAAAACCAGAAUAUUAACCAUGUGUUUGUGAUAUUAGUAUAAGCGCUAACAGAGACUAUUUAUAGCAACACCAUGAUCACUACUGUGUGUCCCUAUGUUUACGUCAUCGAGUGAUCUGCUGCUUCCUUGCUCCUUGAAUGUUUAUUGUAGAUCAUAAAUCAUGCAUCUCACCUGGACAGAAGAAGUCUGAGUAGGUAUUUGGACAAGUUGGUAAACUUUAACAGCCAUUUAGGACCCGAAAAUGGCCGGAAUGACACAAAAAGACACUUGGUCCCCCCGCCAUCCCACUCCGUUUCUUUGUGAGAAUUAUGAGUCAUUCUUCACCUAAACAGGAAUAUAUCAACAUCCCAGCAGACAUUGUACAGUAAGUGAUGUUUUAUUAUGUUUGUUGGUUCUCACAAAGUCUGUAGUGAGUAACAAUCAGUGAUGAAGAAGAAAAAAAAAAGCAAACGUGAUUCGUUUUUUAAAUUAAUGCGUAUGCUUAAAAUGAUCAAAAUAGGUAAAUAUUAAAUGUUGUUAUAGAUGUGUCUGUUGCGUGUUUGGAUGUUUUUUUUAAGGGCUUUGUAGGCGAAUUUGCUUGGCCCCCAUUGGCUCCAUUGUAAGCAAACUUUUGAUCGCAUUUAUUUAAUAUUUAGAAAGCAAAACAAAAAAAAACAUUGUUAUGAAGGUUUCAUGAUUGCGAACGAUAGGCAAAAUUCCCCAAAAAGUGCAGUUACCCUUUAAGAAUAUUUCUAUUUUUCCACACAA